UCGUCUCCCUGGUUCCGUCUCUUGUCUCCACAGUCUGUCUCUCUCUCCAUGAAGACAGGAGCUCAUCUACAUUCAGCCCAGUGCAGAGGACCACACCACCGCUCACCAUGCUCUCGGUUCUUUCCCUGCUUCUACUGGCGGGAGCACACAGCGCGACGGCUCGGCUUCACUCUCUGAAGUAUUUCGACACUGCGUCGUCUCAAGUCUCAAACCUUCCAGAGUUUGUGAGUGUUGGUUUGCUUGAUGACGUUCAGAUCACUCACUUUGACAGCAACACAAAGAAACAACAACCCAAACAGGACUGGAUGUUAAAGGCAACUGAUGAACAGUACUGGGAGGGGCAGACUCAGAUUAAUUUGGGUAACCAGCAGACCUCCAAAGUUGACAUGGAAACCUUAAAGGAACGCUUCAACCAAACUGGAGGUGUUCACAUUCUCCAGAGGAUGGUCGGAUGUGAAUGGGACGAAGAGACUGGAGCAGUUAAUGGUUUUUAUCAGUAUGGUCAUGAUGGAGAAGACUUCAUAUCAUUGGACCUGGAGACAGAGACGUGGAUCGCUCCAACACCUCAGAGUUUCAUCACCAAACUGAAGUGGGAUCAGGAUAAAGCUCUACUCGCUCAGAAGAAGAACUACUUCACAGUGGUGUGUCCUACCUGGGGGAGGAAGUAUCUGGAGCAGGGGAGGAGCUCUCUGCUGAGAACAGAGCUUCCCAGGAUCUCCCUCCUCCAGAAGUCUCCCUCCUCUCCAGUCACCUGCCACGCUACUGGUUUCUUCCCAGACAGUGCUGUGCUGUUCUGGAGGAGAGAGGGGGAGGAGCUUCAUGAGGACGUGUACCGUGGAGAGGUCCUCCCCAACCAUGAUGGAACCUUCCAGAUGAGUGCUGACCUGAAGGUUUCCUCCAUCUCCCCUGAAGACUGGGGGAGGUACGAGUGUGUGUUCCAGAUCGCUGGUGUGAAGGAGGACAUCGUCACCCAACUGGACGAGGACUCAGUCCAGUCCAACAGAGAGAAGCCCACCAGCAUGACCUUCAUCAUCAUCUUCAUCAUCAUCGCUGCAGUGGCUCUCACUGUCAGCGCUGUCAUCGGACUCAUCGUGUGCAGGAGGAAGAAAGCCCAAUGUACUUCAACUCCUGGAAAAGAUCCAGGUUCCUCACAGCCGCUGAGAUCAGCUGAUGGAGAUUCUAAUUCUCCAAGUGAGACGUCCUCCUGAACACAGUUCAUGGACGAGAAGCAGUGUCACCACAGUUUCCCCUUUACACUGGAACUCAUUGAUUAUUCAUCACUCAAAUCAUAAAGUGAUAUUCAGGGUCAGACAUUGAGUGAAAUACAAAUAACACAACUGAUAAAUAAGAAAAAUAAAUGGUGGCGUUGAUUAAAUUUGAUCUUUUAGUUAAAAAUAAGAAAUGUAAACUUCCCUCUGAUAAAUGUCUGUUUACAUAUUGGUAAAUCAAAUGGGGAUUAUUUCUUUUUCUUAACCUGAAGUGAAGUAAAACCAGUUAAAUAUUCAGAUUUUAUUUUAUUUCAGAUUUUGAACCAGAAAUGAAUUAAUCCAGAGUUGCUUGUUUUUGGUUUGUUUGGUUUAUUCAUGCUUUGCUUUGUUCUUCACCUUUAAAGUUUAUUUUAGUUGAGAUUAUAAAACGGUUGUGGGAUGUUUUAAGUGUCUCAUAUAAAAUGAUCUGUUAAUAUUUUGUUAGUUUUAGGGACGAGGGACUUUUCUUUUUUAGCCUUUCACUGUAAAAAUGAAAAGGUUUGAAAAGCUCAAAAUUACUGAACUUAUCUUUCGUAAAUUUAAAAUCUUCACAUUUUCUCAAAGCUGUCAACGUGUGUUGUUGUUGUUAUUAUUAUUUUUUCAGGCAAAUGAAUUGUCUUUUGAGGCUUUAACUUGCUCAACUUCUUACCAAACUUUGCAGAAAAUUUGAAAAUGGUGAAAAUUUAUAUAUUCUGUAGUAAUUUUAAAUAGGUGUGGCAAAAUGGCUCAGCAGCGCCCCCUGGAACACGUUCACAUUGACCGAUCUUCACAAAAAUUGAUUCACAGGUGUAUCAUGACCAUAAACACAAACAGGUCUGUGGAUGCAUUUAGAAAAACGCAACAGGAAGCCCGACAUUUUGCAUUUAGUGGCCAUUUUUACUUUGGGGUACUUAUACCAGGGCUUUCAUCAGAUCAACUUCAAAUUGAGAUGAGUGUCAUCACAACAAGAUGGAGAUACAAACUAACUCAAAAUCGAGUUUUCACUCGGUGUGACCGUGGCGUGGCAUCAAGGUUUGAUGACAUGCAAUCAAAACACGAGGUUCUGUAUCUCGGACUUUCACGGACCAUGAAUCCUUCCAUGCUUGUAAUAUUCUGAAAAUUGCUGUAGGAGCCUGUGACCCGAACGUUUCAUUGCAAGCGACUGCUGAAUGUUAUUGGUGUGCAUUUGACAAUAAACUCUUGAAACUUGAA